GUGAUGUCACUUCCCAAACCCCGCCUCCGGCUGCGCCUUCUAAAACGUAAUUCCGUACGAUUCGUUCUCUUUUGGUUUUUCUCUGCCGUUGUGGUGUGUGCGGCCGCCGGCCUUCCUCGCCAUGUCUUCUCAUAAGACUUUCAGGAUCAAGAGAUUCCUGGCCAAGAAACAAAAGCAGAAUCGCCCCAUUCCCCAAUGGAUUCGAAUGAAAACUGGUAAUAAAAUCAGGUACAACUCCAAGAGGAGACAUUGGAGAAGAACCAAGCUGGGCCUGUAAGGAGUCGCACAUGUGAUGGAACACGGCCUUCCCCCUGGCAGCCUGGUAGCAUUUUAGCGAAUCAAGUUGGAAAUUGCCCUGUGAUCUAUACCAUUCAAACAUGAGUCAGAAAAUUGUGGUUUAUUCCUUUUUUUUUAUGUUUCUGCAUUAAGUGAUUAAGCAUGCUAAUAAAUAUGUGAGACAUUUCAUUUGAA